AUGAACCGGCUUUUGACAAAGCUUGGUAUUCAGCCCUUGCACGUUCCCUUGGUCGACCGACCCAUCGAAUUCUUUACAACAGCGGACGGUUGGGAGAGGGCUUCUGCUGGAGGAAAGCACCGGCCAACCUUCGUCCGCGUGGACAUGCAGACUGGCGUAUGGCAGAUCCGAUGGGAGAGGCCUAGCCGGCCUAGCGGUCUAGCAGGAGACUCAAAGCGUGACAGAUACUUGACAGCAUUUCUUGGUACCAUGAAUCCACCCCGUCACAGUCUGAGGAGGGCCAUGUGGCGGUUUCUUCUGCUUCUCGUGCCGCUCGGUUCUGCAGCUGCGAAAGGCUCCUCGUCGCCGCUCAUGCAGGCGCUAGAUGCGACACUGGUGGAAGCGGAAGCGCGGAAAGUGCUGGAGCCGCACAUGGCUGCGAUCAAAUCGCUGGAGACGGAGGUCAUCGAGCUGGUUGUGAUGCGGCAGUGGUGGUCCCUGGCGCGCGAGCUGGUGGCCAAGUCCCACGAGCAGAAGGUGGACUUGUCCUUCUCCGUGCGGAAGGCUGUGCGGAGUCUCAAGGACGAGGCUGAUGAGCUUCUCCUGACGCUAGAUCCGAAGUACGGACAAGUGCAGCAGGUCUCUCCCUCCUUCCAGUGGGCACAGAAUGACACCGCGAUCUUCCUCUCUGUAAAGUACACGGUACGCUGGAAUGCGCCGGGAGCGCUGGAGGUCACUGACCCGUCGGUGAACAUGACGGGAAAUGUUUUCAACUUCUCCGGCCUGGGAAAGCAUUCCAACAACAAGUACAAGUACUUCCUUUCCGUCAACCUUUUCGACAACAUUGAUGCGCAGCUCUCUUCCUGGAGUGCGGCCUCGGUCGGCAAGCUCAGCGUCACCCUGCGGAAGCGGUGGCCGAGGAAGUGGCCACGACUCUUAGUAGACAAGAAGACCAAGAUCGGCAACAUGCACCUUUGGAUGGAGAUGCAGGAGAAGCUGGACUCCAGCCUUUCUGGCCUCAGCUCUGUGACCAACUCACCGGUGUCCUGCGGCCAGAUGGGGAAGCUGUACUGCAUGGCAACAGACACCUGCAAGAAGUCAGAUGCCUGCACCCAGUGCCCUGGAAAGUCAGAGCCCGAUGAGAAGGCCAACCUGUGCGCCGGCAAGCCCACCGAGAAGGCAUCCCUUAGCUUCCAGGACGCCGACAUGGAUGAAAACCAGCUCAGUGGCGAGGUGAAGAUCCACAAGGCCCGGAAUGACUUCGACGUCGACACCUAUGCCGUGUUCUGGGGCAAGGCCCAAGACCUUGACCAGAGGACUCAGAUGCCUUCCUUUGAGAGGGCUGCCUCCUCCCUAUAA